GGCGCCUGGCAUCUCCCCGAGGCGGCGGCGGAUCCUCGUAGACUACCCACUUCAUCUCCCCAUCCCAACCACCUCUUCCCAAAACGACUCGAGGCUAAAGGGGAAUAGCAAUUGCAAGUCUCUACGAGGUUCCACAGCGGACCAUUCUGAUACGGGAAACCAAUAGACGGCACGGAUGCAUGUCAACCGCAGGAAAUGGCCCCUGACGUCUGCCCGAAGAACAAGGACUGCUUCCGCCCAGAUGUCGACGAUGACGGUUCCCCCGCCGUUCCUCCACGCGUGAUCCAGAAGCCACGUCCAGCGGAUCCCGCUGCUCCAGGUGGACAGACUUUGUUGCUCCUCGUGGAGACACCGGACUCCCGUAACACGAUUGCGCCAAGUGAAGAACACCGACGCCGUGAGCUCCUCUCUGUCUUCCCAACUUCCUCCGGCGUGAAGCCGAGAGCCUCAUAUGUAUUCCGUCCGUCUUUGCCGAGACUACGACCAAUUACAAGUGUUCGGAAUCUGCUCAAGGGGAAGAGCUCUCGAAAUGCGGCUGGGUUGAGGCUUAAGAACAAGGUCUCGGAACAUGCUAUUGCGUCUCAUGAGCUUCAGACUGUCGUAAGAAGUCCAGCUCGCCAAAAUCUCCAAGUCAAUAUCACAGGCUCGGACAUCAGGAACAACCUGCUCAGCCAUGGUCCCCCAGAAGAGGGAGGUUAUGAUCCUGACGCCGAAGUCCUCGAUGACGUCCAGCCGCAAGUAAGAAGUACACCCUCCAAGAGGCCGAGUGUGCAUAGCAUUCUGUGGACACCAUCUUCACACAAGGGAACACCUGGUUCUACCAAAAGCCCCCACCCUCCACCGGCAGGUCGCGGCAAGUUCCCUUACCAACUUUCCUCGUCUGAUACACAACAUUUCACGCCAGGACGUCUCAGUCCUAGCCUGCGCCUUUCCUCACAGUCGAAACGGAAGCUGGGAAAAUCGCCGUCGUCCACCUCUAUCACGACUCCUACGCCCACGCCACGCGUGUCUCCACGACUUUCCAGUUUUGCCAACACUGAUCCAGAAGAUGUUUCUUGGGCUGAAUCGCUGCACAAGAACCUGCACAUCCCUAUAUCUACCACGUAUGAUCCUUUCGGGUCUGCUCCGCUCAACGCCUCACUCAGACUGGGCUUCCGCUCUUGGUCAGAGAUUGACGCCCCAGGAGUCACGGACUACCCCCACACGGCCGUUGAGCUACAGGCGAAAGUGCAGAAUCGCAGUAAGCAAGUCGAUGCCUCUCCCGCACCUAUUGAAAAUCAGAAUGCUUCUUUAUGGACACGCAAAAUUGAGGCUUCCCGUGAGUCGUUGCACCUGCACAGCAUGCGCAUUUCUCAUCAUCUCCGCUUCGGGUCUCUGCGUUCCGGAGAAGACCAAUCCGACCCUCAAGAACAGUUAUCAUUACGCCACUCUACUUCGGAGGAGAACCACGAUUUGACUACCAUUAAGCACCCUAAAGGCGACCGCCAGGGCUCUAGUUCUGGUUUUUCAAGCUUACAGGUGCCUACUAAAUGGGGUAAGGUGGUCGGGUCUCACCAUCAACGAGAUGGUUCUUCCUUAUACUCCAGCCGACCCCACAGUCCGCUGGAUAGUCGGGAUGGCUCCGGUGCCAAUUUAUCAGCGCGUGCCCGGGAUGAUGACCCCACUAACCAUAUGGCUUCUAACCCUACAAAAUAUCCUCCGGUUCGUCCAGCUAGGCAUAACGAGAAUCACAAACGAACGCAAAAGGUCGAUGCUGCAGAUCCACAUACUGCAGAUCAGAGACAUAUAGUCCGCCCAACACAAUCCGAGUCUGCGAAGACCCAUAGUUUUGGCGUCGCAAAGAAGACUAGGUUCAGGGAAGUGCUCAGUCCAACCACGUCGCGGAAAAGGUCCCUCCCGGCCGUCUCAGUAAUGAACGUGCUUCGUCCCCGCAAGAGCCGAAGAAGCCAAAGCACUGGGAAUCUCAAAGAAGCAGACGUCGGCACGGAUGGGGCCUCCCAUGACCCUCCGUCGCAGAAUGCCCGAGAACAACGGGCCAUCAAGACAAUGGUGAGCUUUCAGAAAGAGAGAGACGCGGUGGGAAAUGAGAAGAAGGAGGCAAAUCCCGUCUGGGAACGUGCAUUCAAGUCCUACCAAGAGGAGAGAGCAGCAUUUCUCCUACCUGGCCACAAGGACCCAGGAGCAGUGGGGCCGAUCCGAGAACGGAGUGGCAGCAUGAAUACUCGUUCGACCAUCUCCCGUCCCGCAAGCAAGCAUGAUUCUGAUCCAGUUCCACCUCCCGUCGCCCCUAUCACCGUUGGAGCAGAGAACGUCGAUUGCAGGCCUGCGACUGGGGUGCCGAUGACAAAGACAGCUUUUGAUCUUCACAUCAAUGAGUUACGACAUGCGUUUGAGAACCAAAAAGACGAUUUUGAUACAUUAGGCGCAUGGGGCCGCUACCCUUCUCACACACGUGAAGGGCGCACCGGCAGCGCGGGUCCGGCGGAUUCGGUGAAGUGUCGUGAUUUUGCCUUGGAAGCUGCAAUAUGGUUCGCCGAUGAGAAAGACAAUGCUGGGGAAGGGGAAGGGAAUGCGGGAUAUGGAAAGCCGCACCUCAAGAAACGUCGUCAUUUCUUUACCCCACCAGCAGGAAGGAAGCGGAGGAAGAAGCCUGACAGUGCGGGCGUUACCAAGAGUGCGUCUAUGACCUUCGCAAAGACAUUGUUUAAAGACUAUUCGAGGGUUUUCACGUCUCCGAGCACCGAAUUUCAGCGUCACGGUCAUGGCCAUCGUACCUCAAUUGCUGCUGGGGGCACCUUGGAGUUCCCAGAAUUGGAAAUCCUCCCAGAUGUGUGGAGGCCCCCUGAAGAACUAAGAAAAAGUCAUCGUCCCAGGGAUUCUGACGACGAGAAUCAAGCUAAUGGGCACAUUCGCGUAACGAAUUAUCGGAAAUACAUUCCUCCCAGGACGCCGGAUAAGAGGACUGAUGUCAGUCCGCCCUGGCCACUACCCUUGGAUCCUGAUCUGGCGCUCGACGGAAGAGCGGACGGAGCUACUUCUAAAGAUCAGGCAGGUCGCUGGUCUAUUUACUACAAGGACUGCAUUCCCGCUCAUGCCGACCAGAGCGGAGAUUCUGCGACCAUGUCCCAGCCAGAUUUGAAUGCGCUGGACAGAUUCCAAAAGUCCCUGGAGAGCAACGUCGGACCGCUGGGUUCGCGUCGUCAUUCGUUCGAUUGCCAGCGCGAUAAUGGCCGAGAUGAAAUACAACUCGGUCGCUUCAGCUCGAUGCAUAGCCGUAAUGUUAGUGGGCUGAGUAGGGUUAGCCUGGCCACUGGAGUCAGCGGUGUUCCAAGCUUCUUGUCCCAGGAAGUGGGGGAUUGUGGCGCCUCGAGGAGCAUGUAUCAGUUGAGGAGGAGCACUUUGGAUCUGCUGGAUCAGUGCCGGGAGCAGGAGGGGAAGGAGAGGGAACGGGUUUUGAGUAUGUUGAGGGUUGGGAGUGAGACGUGUGCAUCUGGGUGAAUGGAGGUGGAUAGGAGACGUGUGGUGAGGAUUUGGACGCGAGUGCACACUUGUAGGUGCAGGCAAAGGAGGAGUAGCUGGGGAGGGGUACUCCUAUCUCCAGGUUCGUGGUCAGUUUACGGUAUUAAAAUACACUUGAGUAUGCCCC